CUGGACGGGGAGGAGACUAGAGAUGCGGGGUGGUACAAUGUGGCGCUGCGAGGUCCUCCUGCACUCAGAGGGACGCAUGAGAGCCGAGGACAGCCGGAGCAAGACAGAAAGUUAAGUGUUCAAGUCUACCUCCCAGAGUGACCAUGAGAGUCCUCCUACUCAUCUGCAUGCCAGUUCUGCUGCUCGCCCAGGCCCAGUACCAGGAACCGUUUCCAUUUUUGGAGGACUAUGGGCCGGAUUAUUUUCCAGAUUCUGAGACCCAUGAUUCUCUUCCUGGCACCUACCAGCAGCAGGUUCGGCUCGAGCCAGUAGUGCGUCCAGAAAAAUCAGAGUCCGAAUUGGAGACGGAGCCCACAGAACCUGGCCCUCUUGAUUGCAGAGAGGAGCAGUAUCCCUGCACCAGACUCUACUCUGUUCACAAGCCAUGCAAGCAGUGCCUCAACAGCCUCUGCUUCUACAGUUUGCGACGUGUGUACGUCAUCAACAAGGAGGUUUGCGUGAGGACUGUGUGUGCACAUGAAGAGCUGCUGAGAGCGGACCUGUGUCGCGAUCAGUUCUCCCGCUGUGGCGUGGCAGCGCUGAGCGGCCAGUGUUCAUCACUAGGAGGAAGCUGCGGGAAGAGCUGUGGCGGCUGCUGAUUGAGCACAGAGAUCAGGGACGCUACCUGCCCAGAUACUGCCGCUUGUCCUACCACUCAUCCACUUCCUCCUACUUUGUCCUCCUCCUUCCCCCCAGUUUCUCCUCACUUUGCCUUUUUGACUCCUCCUGUACAACUCAUUACUCCUGUGCCAAAAGCACUUCAUUUGAAGUUGUUUUUGCCCUGUUUAUCUUUGUUUUCUCACAUGUAUGUCCGCCCAGUAGAUGCUGUGUGUCUGGAUAAAUAUACUCAAAAAGAACAUUGAUGAUUGUACAAAUCACUGGUGCUAUAAAAUCAUCACACUGGUGCUAUAAAAACUAUUAGAGAUGCACAUGAAACAGCAGAACAUCUUUUUUCUAUUAUUUUUUUGCAUAUUGUACCGUAUUAAUCUCAUGCUUUGUGUUUGUUGAUAUGUUACUGUACUUGUGUUGAAAAGCAGUCAUUGUCGUGAUGAUCGACUCAUCAAUGGUGGCCACUGUGCACUGACAUCAGACAAAACCAAUCAAUAUCCAGCCACCAAACAGUCUCAUUGCUGAAGAUCAUGAGAUGUGUGAAGAAACAGGUGGUGUGUGACCUCAGUUUUUGUACUACUGCCACCUGGAUCUGUGCUUAGCAACCAAGCAGCAAGCUUAUAUAAAUAUAUUCCAGUGGCAACAAGUGCUUUAAAAAGGCAUCUCACAAACGGCCUCUGUACUACUGCUUUGUAAAACUGUCACUAUAAAGACUGAGAAAAAAAUAAACUUUUUUUUUACUACA